CCCCACCGUUACCAGAGUAGAGUUGAGUUCAACAUGAUGUUUUCUAGUAGUCCUGCUCUCUCCACCAUCGACCAUCAAUCAUUCAAUGGAUGGCGAUGACUCCGAGUGUAAGCUUUUCUCGUAGUCCUGAAAACUGUAAAACAUUUUUUGCACGUAUUUUAUCGUUGGGUACGACCCCACUUACUCUCCGCGCCCCUCUGCGUCCCUCUUUCGCUCUCUCAACAUGCCUACAAGUGCUUCAGUGCUAUUCUGUUGCCCCCAUUUGAGGCUCACUUUGAGACUCUUCAACGCCUUCCCCUUCAGGUUUCGCAGUAUCCGCCCUCUCUGUGCUUCUCAUGCUUCAUCAUUCACUUCAGGGGAUACUGCCGUUUAUAAUUCAAAUUCCCUUGAUAAAGGGAACUCAAUUGCACACAAACGACAUGGCGGUUUGGAAGCUUUUUCGUCACCGACUGUAGAAAAUGUGGCCAUUGAUGUCAAUCCACCACGGGGGACCCGAGAUUUCCCUCCAGAGGAGAUGCGUCUCCGAAGUUGGCUCUUCCAAAACUUUAGAGAGGUAUCUGCUUUGUUUGCAUUUGAAGAGGUUGAUUUCCCAGUCCUUGAGUCUGAAGCGCUGUUUAUCAGAAAAGCAGGGGAGGAAAUUUCAGAGCAGCUAUAUAAUUUUGAGGAUAAAGGUGGUCGACGCGUUGCCUUGAGGCCUGAGCUUACUCCCUCUUUGGCACGACUUGUGAUACAAAAGGGGAAAGCUCUACCACUUCCGGUAAAAUGGUUUACAAUAGGACAAUGCUGGCGGUACGAGCGGACAACUAGAGGAAGGCGACGUGAGCACUACCAAUGGAAUAUGGACAUCAUUGGGGUUCAGGGAGUUGCAGCUGAAGCAGAACUGAUUUUUUCGAUUGUGAUAUUGUUCAAGAGAUUGGGAAUCACAUCAUCAGAUGUGGGAUUCAAGGUUUCUAGCCGUAAGGUUCUACAAGCAGUACUUCAACGAUAUAGUAUACCUGAGAAAUUAUUUGGGAAAGUAUGCAUUAUUAUUGAUAAGAUGGACAAAAUUCCUAAAGAGGAGAUUGAGAAGGAAUUGACAAUGCUUGGGAUACCGAUGGAAGCUAUAAAUGGAUUACUUCAAAUCUUAUCUCUAAAGUCUGUUCCUGAACUAGAAGAAGCACUCGGAUCAGAUGCUGAUGCUGUUGAUGAUCUGAAAGAUCUCUUCUUGCUCAUUGAACAGUAUGGUUGUUCCAAUUGGAUUCAAUUUGAUGCUUCUAUUGUCCGUGGCCUUGCCUAUUAUACUGGGGUCGUCUUUGAGGGCUUUGAUAGAGGAGGGAAGUUAAGAGCAAUUUGUGGUGGUGGUAGAUAUGACCAGUUACUCUCAAAACUUGGUGGUGAAGACCUUCCAGCUUGUGGCUUUGGCUUUGGAGAUGCUGUGAUAUUUGAAUUGCUGAAGGAGAGAGGGCUGUUACCCGAGCUGGGUCCAAAAGUUGAUUACAUAGUGCUGCCCUUAGAUCCACAGCUCCAAGGUGCAGCUGCCAUGGUUGCUUCUACUCUCAGGGAGAAAGGCCGGAGUGUUGACCUUGUCUUGGAAAACAAACGUUUAAAAUGGGUGUUUAAGCAUGCUGAGCGGAUCAAUGCCAGCAAGCUGAUACUCGUUGGAGACUCUGAGUGGCAACGAGGAAUGGUUCGAGUGAAGAAUCUCUGUUCAAGGGAAGAAUCUGACCUCCCACUUCAUGAAUUGGAAUGAUGAGGAAUACCUAAAAUAAACCCCUUUUAAAUCUCAUUCUUUAUUUGGUUUCUUCUAUACUUCUUAUUGUUGACUUAAAAUUGCUAGAGGUGUGAAACUUGAGAGUGGGUUAUCAAUGAAAAUCACGUAUUUCAAAUUGUUGAUCAAUGAAAAUCACACAUUUCAAAUUGUU